AUGGUCAGGAAAUGCCUAAAAAACAAAAGUAAGCGCGUAACCUGUCACAAGCGAUACAAAAUUAUCAAGAAGGUAAAAGAGCAUCACCGCAAGUUACGUAAGGAAGCUAAAAAGAACUUAAACCGACAUCGAAAGGAUCCUGGUGUCCCUAACAUUCUACCCUUCAAAGAAAGUUUUCUGAAAGAUGUUGCGGAAGCAAAAAUGAAGCUAGAAGAAGCAAGACUUAAAAAUAUAGAGUAUUCUCAAACUUUUAAGUCUCUGAAACAUGAAGAUGUUUCUCACUCAACAGUUCAGCACGAUGUUAAAGACGUUAUAAACCAGUCUGACGUUAUAUUGGAAGUAUUGGAUGCACGUGAUCCAAUGGGUACACGCUGUCCAGAUAUAGAAGAAACUGUCCUUAGGGAGAAUAAACGUUUGGUUUUGCUCAUCAAUAAGAUUGGGUUCGGAACUUCUGAAUUAUUGUCUUUACUUGCAAACUACUCCCGUGAUCCAAGCUCCAGUCUGUCUAACACUAACACUCGCCUUAGUUUGACCGUUGGUGUCGUCGGCCUUCCGAAUACUGGCAAAAGCGCACUCAUAAAUACAAUUAAAAGGCAAAGUCAGUCUCAGCGUGUACGGAUUGACAAGAACCUAUUUCUUCUCGAUACUCCGGGUACCUUGAUUUCAAAGUCAUCUGAUGCUUCAGAUCUUGUGUUAAGAAAUUGUAUAAAACCAGAAAUGCUCCCGGAUCCUGUUCCAGCUGUUGAAGCCAUAUUGCGUCGUUGUUCACAAGCGCAACUGGUUUCUAAGUAUAAGAUUGAAGAGUACAAUAAUGUUUCAGAGUUCCUAGUUAAGUUAGCACACCGUUUGGGUCGAAUGAAAAAGGGUGGUAUUCCAGACACCACCAUGGCAGCGCGUUCUGUAAUUAAUGAUUGGAUUAUUGGAAAAAUCACCUACUACACGGAGCCUCCGUAUACUGAUACUGUGGAAGAAAAUCUCGAUUUAUCUUUAAAAGACAAUGCAAUGGAUAUCUCUGAAUUUCCGACAAGCUAA